GUAGUGACCGUUACCACGUACCGGGCGCGAUGGCUGUCGUUGGGCUUGUUGUGUUUAGCUUAGCAUGUUUGUUUAGUCGGUAAUUGUGGUCCAGCGACUUUAUUCCCAGAUGAAACCUCUCGACUCGGACGAGGAGGACGCAGAGCAGCUGGGGGAGAAGCAGAAGGAGCUGAGGCAACGAGCCAACCAGAGCAUCCAGCAGCUGAGCAGUGCUUUGGAGCAGCUGAACCCUGAUAGAGAAGAAACAGAGGAAAUCAGAGGCCGUGAUGGCAGGCUCUUUACCGUCAUGGCUGAAGACGACAAAGCGUCAUGGAGCCCAAAGACACAGAGUGAAGCAGUCAAUCAGCUGAAGAGUCUUCUACUGAAACAAUGCAGAGACAUUCCCGCUGCUCUUUCCCCUUCAGAGCGACUGUCUCCAGCCAAGGAGGGAAGGUCCAGCUUACCCGCCUUUCAAGAUUUGGUCCCAAUGAUUCAAAACCAGUCAGAGUACAUCAAACAUCUGGAAGCUGAAGUCAAAUUCUGCAAGGAAGAGCUGCAAGGAAUGAAACAGCGGGUCAGAGUGGUGGUGGUGGAAAAUGAGAAACUGCAGUCAGAACUCAAAUCCAGAGCUGCGGAUGAAUCUCUGAAGGAGUUCACAAUCCACAACUCCACGGUUAAUGAGACUAUUGGCCACACAUCCUCCAAUAUGGGCCAGAGAACACACAACACCUGGAAAAACGAACUGGAGCAAUUGAAAGAGAUUUACCAGGCUCAGAGUGAAAGUUUGGAGGCUCUGGUUAUCGCUGUCAGGAAAGACCUGUCAGUCAGUCAGAAGGAGUGUGAGGAGCUGAGGGUUCGUCUGAUGCGCAAAGAGAAGCAGGCUGCGGCCGCGCUGAAGGCUGACGGAGCUCCCUGCGUGGCCGGACUGUGUCUGAAGUGUGCGCAGCACGAAGCCGUGCUCGCUGGGACUCACACCAAUCUGCACGUCCAGGCGAUCGACAGGCUCACAAAGGAGCGGGAUGAGCUGCUGGUUGCUCUGUGCGCCGUGCGGGCCAGUCAUCAAGAGGCUCAGCAGAGGGAGUGGUCAGCCUGUCUCCAGGUCAAACAGGCGGUGGAGAUGGCAGAAGAAGCCAAUUUGCACAAAGCUCGGGUGGAGGUGCAGUGUGAGCAGCUGACCAGGGAGCUAACCCGACACAGGGAACAGUCCGACCGAGAAGCUCUCGCCCUGAAGGAGAGGCUGACUGAGGCCAGAGAGGAGGGCCGCAACGAGGCCCGCAAACACAACAAGCAGCUGGCGCACACGGUGUCCGGUCUCUCCCAGCGUGUAGCUGAGUUGGAGGGACAGCUCGACAGAGCUCACAGGGACAAGAGCUCACUGACCAAUCAGCUGGAGGAUGCCGUACGCAAACUCACUGAUCAGGAGCAAGACAACACCAAGGUUUGUGUGGAUCUGCAAUAUCAAAUCAGCCAGGCCAAACUGAUGAAAGAGGAAGCAGAGCGAGAGCUCAGAGAGCUGAAGGCCAAAAGCAGCAGACACAUGGAGAAGGCUGUGCAGGAAGUGGAAAGGCUGAGCUCAGAGCUGGUUGGCUGUCGGCAGCAUCUGGAGGCGGUCCAGAAGGACGGGAGCCAAUGGCAGGCCGAAGCCCUGAGCCUAGCAGAACAGCUGGCAAACGCCCAGCGCCAACUGCACCUCACCAGACAGGACAGGGAGAGUGCAGCCCGGGCUCACCAGGAGGAAAUGGCGUCCGUGACUCUUGCAGCGCGGGAGAAGGAGCGGGAGCUGGUCUCCAGGCUUCAGCAGACGGAGGCUCAGCACCAGCUCAGAGUGGGAGAGCUGGAUGCUCUCCUGAACUCCCAGAAUUCCCUGAUCGGGAAGCUGAAGGAGGAAUGCUGUGCGCUGGGAGCCAAACUGGAGGAGCUGACAGGAAGGAGCAGAAGCGAGCUGGAACAUCUGAGCCUGGAGAAGCAACACCUGGAGGAGACGGUGAAGAGUCUGAGAGCUCGCUGCUCUCACAUGGAGGAGCAGUGUGUGCAGCACGGCCGCAUGCACCAGCGCAUGAAGGACAGGCUGCAGCAGUUGGACCGUCACUGUCAGAGCAGCGCCCAGCAGGUGUGUGAGCUGCUGGCCAAACAGAACCAGCUGAUGCAGGAGAGAAACACACUCAGCGAGGAGAUGCGGAACCUACGCACAGAGGUACACACACACACACACACACAGAAGUGUGUGAUUCACCACUCUGUUACUAAAUGAAUCUGUAGUCGUGUCUUUUCUCCUCGGCAGCACGUUCGAAUUGUCGGCUUUCUAAAAUAAAACCAGGACGGAGACGUUUGUCCCCUCGUGACUAAUAAUUCUGUCUGGUUUGGGAUUAGCUGAUAAACAUGUCGUCUAUAUUCUGCUGUGAUUCAUCAUUACAGGCCGUGUGUGUGUGUGUGUGUGUGUGUGUGUGUGUGUGUGUGUGUGUUUUU